AUGAGUGACGACGGUGAUCAAGCCAAGGAUGAAACAUCAGUGGUCACGAGCGGAGUGAGUGCCGCGACUUUGCGAGUGCCAAAGUUUUGCCGAAUGAGAACGAGACUGUGGUUCAACAGCUUGGAAGCUCAGUUCGUGUUAAACAAAAUAACGCGAGACGAGACAAAGUUCUCGUAUGUCAUCGGCCAGCUCGACGAAAAGUACAUGGAGGAAGUCGAGGACAUAAUCACCGACCCUCCGGAGCAAGGGAAGUAUGAAAAGCUGAAGACGGAGCUGAUCAAGCGCCUCUCCGACGCGGAUGGCACGAGGGUGCGAAAAUUGAUCGAAAGCGAGGAGAUAGGAGACCGCACGCCGUCUCAAUUCUGGCGCCAUUUGAAGAACUUGUCUGGAAACGCAGUCAAUAACGAGUUCCUAAUGCAGAUGUGGAAGAAUCGUCUGCUUGAAAAGGUGCAGCUAGUGCUCGCUAGCAUCCUCAACCUGGAACCAACACAAUUGGCGGAAGUGGCUGAUCGGGCGUACGAUAUCUCGUUCGAUAGAGGCAGCAUCUCGGCAGUGACUUCUAAACCGAGCGCGGAAGCUGUCAACGAGCAAAUUAAGCAACUUGAACGGCGAAUGGCGGACAUGGCGAGCGACAUUCGCAUGCUUAAAAAAGCCAUGUACAAUCGCGGAAGAAGCAGCUCGAGAGGCGGCUCGCGAAGCCGUUCAAGAGGCGGAACACGGAGCAACGGCAAGAGCCGCGAGCAGGGUGACUCCAAUCAGCAGCUGGAAGACGGAAAACGGUCAGGACCGUCAGUAAACGCGGCGUCACGUGAUGGUCCAAAAGCAGGCCGCAUAUUCAUCACCGACAAGAGAUCCAAGAUCGUUUUCCUCAUCGACACAGGAGCCGAUUUGUGCGUGUUUCCGCGAUCGCGAGUGCGAGGACGUAUACCGAAGAGUCGCUAUGAACUUUUCGCAGCAAACGGCACGCGUAUCGCAACGUACGGCACGGAAGUGAUGAAACUAAACUUAUCCCUCCGACGCGAAUUUCCGUGGCGGUUCGUAAUAGCCGACAUCGACACGCCAAUUAUCGGUAUGGAUUUUCUAGCACACUACAACUUGUUAGUUGAUCCCCGUAAUCGCAAGCUCAUUGAUGCGAACACGAAACUGGGCGCGUUCGGCCGUUUAGCACGCGAGGAUGAAAAAACGGAUUCGGUGAAAACAAUCGCCGGAGACUCGGUGUUCCACCAACUCCUCGCCAAGUACCCGGACUUAACGCGACCACCAGUGUUCAAGCGCGAAACAGUGAAGCAUCGUGUGUAA